AUGAGUGACAUCAGUUAUCCCGUAAGAGAAAUAGAUUACAUUAGUAGUUUACAUGAUACAAUACUGUGUCAUAUACUCUCUUUUCUACCAACAAAGUCUGCUGUAAAGACCUGUGUAUUAUCAAAAAGAUGGAAGAAAGUGUGGAAUCAAGUACCCGUACUUGAUUUCACGGAAAUACCAGAUGAUUAUCAUCCAUUGUGCAACGGUGCAAAAAUUUCGUACAAUAAAUUUGUGAACAAGGUAUUAGCUGAGAACAAUGUGUUCUAUUUGAAGCGUUUUUGUUAUGAAUUUUCCUGUGAUGAUGACUGUGAUUACUACGAAUCUUGGUUAAAUGCUGCAAAACAACAUGAAUGUUAUGAAAUUGAUUUGAAUUUCAUAUUAGGCGGAAGUCGAAGUUACAAAUUUAUGGAAAUGAUGUAUGGAAAGGAAGUGAAGAUAUUGAAACUAACGGGUGUGAAAAUGAAUGAUACACCAGAGUCUUUUCAUCUACCAUCCCUUGAAAUUGUUCACUUUUUUAAAGUCGAAUUUAACGGUGACGAAUAUAUGAAAAGGUUUACAUCAAAUUGUGCAGCACUCAAAACAAUUAUUAUCAAGGAGUGCACCGGUUUCGCCGAUAUGCUGUUUGUAGAGUCCCUGACACUUAAAUCAUUAGAAAUUUGUGAUAUCGUGAGCCAGGCUUGGGGCAGAUCUCUGAUUAUUACCAUUAAAGCACCGAUUCUUGAGUACCUUAAGAUAAAUGAUGAAAUAACAUAUUAUAUGGUUGAUAGUUUACCUUUGCUUACCGAGGCAGAUCUACAUCUUAGGGAAAUUUUUCUAGUUAUGGUCAGUGAAUAUGGAGGUGAUUAUGAUAUUUAUCAAAAUAUCAAUUCUCUUAUAUGCAAGGCUUCCAAAACCAGAUCUUUGAGACUCAAGAAUUUUGGGCUUUUUCUUAAUGGAAGACAACUACCGACUUUCGGAAACCUGACUCAUUUGGCGGUAAAAGCCGAAAGUUGCACCUACGAGUUACUAAGAAAAACUCCCAACUUGAAAUCAUUAAUACUCGAAGAGGUUGAGUGGAUUGAUACCUCUUUAAAUUGUAUAGCCGAAGAAGGUUGUCUAUCAAAUCUCAAGCAUGUAACAAUCUUCUUAGACAACGUGUGUCAAGUACAUAUUGUAACGUGCAUAUUAAAAGCUGCAACAAACUUGGAGAAAUUGACCAUUAAUUUAUGCUGUCCAAAAAUAUCCGAGAGCAGAAUACGACGAGAACUUUCGGCUAUACUAAUACCAACAUCAUCCAUGAGAUCAGAGGAGAAAACUAUUACUUUGUGUUGCCCGACGUUAUCCGAAAGACGCACUCAACAUUUUCCGGUUAUACUUACACCAUCGCCAUACUUGAGCAUUACAGUUGUUUUUACAAAGUAA